UACCUCCAAUACCUGCCGAUGAUUUGCCAAAUCAGAGUGCUACCAUCAGUAAUUCAUAUUCUAGCGUCACCUCUGGUAUAACUCCGAGUUCGACCGCUAGCGUUAUCUCAACUUCUACCAAGUCUUCGAAUGCAAAUAGAAUUAGAAACGGUGUUGCUGGGAUUAGCGUUAUUGUUGGUGUGCUCGGUUGUUUUAUUGGCAUGAAGUUAUUAUAG